UUUGGUUCUGUGGUCGAGAUGCAAGGAGAUGAGAUGACCAGAGUAAUAUGGGAGCUCAUAAAAGAGAAACUCAUUUUCCCUUAUCUGGAGCUCGACCUGCACAGAUUUCAGCCCGUAUUACUCUCAGCACCAUCUCACCUGAAACACCCCUACUCCUACAUUCAGUGUAGAGAAGAGCAUCGGCUGAUUGAUGACAUGGUGGCUCAGGCCAUGAAGUCUGAAGGUGGAUUUAUCUGGGCCUGCAAGAACUAUGAUGGAGACGUGCAAUCAGACUCUGUAGCUCAGGGUUAUGGGUCAUUGGGUAUGAUGACCAGUGUGCUUGUGUGUCCUGAUGGGCGUACAGUAGAAGCCGAGGCAGCUCAUGGCACGGUUACACGGCACUAUCGCAUGCACCAGCAGGGCAAAGAGACGUCCACCAACCCUAUUGCCUCUAUCUUUGCGUGGACACGAGGGCUGCUGCACCGGGCGGAGCUGGAUAAGAACGCAGAGCUGCGGGUGUUUGCUGAGGCACUGGAGGCCGUUUGUGUCGAGACCAUUGAAGCUGGUUUCAUGACCAAGGACCUGGCCAUCUGCAUCAAGGGCAUGUCUAAUGUCACACGCUCUGAUUACCUCAACACUUUUGAGUUCUUGGACAAACUGGCCAAGAAUCUGAAGAUUAAGUUGUCAAGCCAACCCAAACUGUAAAGCUGCUGGGUGUUGACGGGGCGUUCACACACGCACACACUGACGCUCAGCCCUCAACUCACGUCAAGCCGCAGACUCUGUUAGUCUAAUUUCCUGUCUAACUGGGACCAAAGACAGAGAAAUAUUUGACUUCACCACUACAACCAGUAGGGGGACCAGUGCACUUUCAACUGGAAGAUAAGAAAGUGUCUCUUUAAAUGGAAGGAGCUACUGUAACCUUCAUUAUGCUUUUAAAAGCUAAUUAGAAGCAUUCAUUUAGUAAAUUUUAUCACUGUUUAUACAUUUUAACAUUGCAAAGUUUAAUUUUUUUUUUUAUUAUAUCCCCUGUAGUGCAAAAAUAUAUUUGUAUUUUUGUGCUACUGCUAUCUCUCAGGUGCUUGAACACCUGUUGCCUUAUUGUCUGCGUGUGUAGUUGUGUUGUCUUCGGACAUCCACUCUUGAAGCCGUCCCAGAAACAGUGAGAUUAGGUUUUAACAGUGUAAAUACCUGCUUUUAACUGAAAUACUGUUAGUUCACACCGGUAGACAUUCCUGUUCAUUGUUCACUCUGUACCACUGUCUGUCACUGCAUAUAUGGUUCUGUUUAUGUCAGUCUGUGUGCUUAUGUGAUCAGGUCUUGUGUUAUUAUGAC